AUGCCAAUCACCAGAAAAGAAAAACAACUACUGGAUUCUCAACGAGAGAUACAAUGGAUCAAACGACAAAUCGAACAGAUUGAACAAGAAGAGCGAGCGAACCGAGAAGCCCAUAAAUACGUAAUACCACAAGAUGCCACUGAGGAGCAUGUGGAAGAGAGCAUUCAAGAAACAAAAGCCAAGAUUGACGAACUCAAGAGCGAGUACGACAUGCUGUGCCAAUUUAACAAAAGCAAAGAAGCGCUCGCCAAGGCUGUCAAUCAUCAGCACUUUACGUUGGAAGCACUCUACCCCAAGCUAUCAGACCACGAAUCCAUGGAAGUCAAAAAGGCCACAGAGGAACAGAUCAAUGCACGGGAUGAACACGUUGUGCAGUUUAUGAAAACACUCAAGCAACUCAACAAGAAAAAGAAGGAGCUGACAGAGAUACAACAAAAAAUUAUGCGACAACAUGAAAAGAACAAGGAUAUAUCGGCCAAAGUGGAGACAUUGAGAUCGAAUAAACGAAAACAGAAUGUGAACCCUGAAGCCACGGAAUUACUACAGGCGAUGAAUGCGAAAAGGGAUCAAAUUUCACUGAUACGUGGUGUCCUUAAUGGUAUCAUACUGGAAAGUGGUAUUGCUUGGGAUGAAGAUGAACGUUGGUUAAAUACAAUGCUUCGUAUAGGAGACACUUUACCGACGUUUUAA